AUGGAUAAAUAUGAGCUACGUUGGGGUAGGGUGUUUAGUCGCCGGGAGGAGGAACGAGCACGAGGUGAGCCGUCACGCGAGCGCGGGCGAUCUCUGGAGCGCUUGCCGCGAAGGCCGGCAUUUCGCGCCGAUAGAGUUCCCGUCGCUGGGGACCGACGGGCGGAAGGGAGGCCUAGUGUGGCAGCGGGUGGAGAAGGAUACGCCGCAAGCGCGGACGGAGACGUGUGGCGAAGAGGGCAUGAUCGCGGAGAUGGAUACGGGAGCGGAGACCGACGCGCUGUGGGAGUGUUCCGCUCGCCGGAAGAGCGCGGGCGCCGCCGUGAUGAGAGGGGCCGUCGGCAGGGCGUCGAGCGAUUCGACGCCGACCAAGGAGGGGAGGCCGCAGAAAAGGAAGAAGCGUGGGAGACGUCCGGCGAGGAAGAGGCAGAGGAGGACGCAGCGAACCUGGAACGGGCGGUCGAAGACGCCAACGGAAAAGAUGACGGCGAGGAACCCGCGGCUGGGAUCGGAAGCGCCGAGCCUGAAGAGGCGGACGUUGCCGGGGGCGCAAGCCAGGCAGGGGCGGAAGGAUCGCGGUCGGGACGGUCGGAAUCACGCGGCCGCGACGCAAGCCGCCAGGAGGAGCAUUACGCGGAGAGGUCGCGUCAGCAGGAGCGGCGGGACUGGGGCGUGCAUGCCGGCGCUGUGGGGACGCAAGGAGAACGCGGCAAAAGGGAGGAAGACGGACCGCGCGCGUCAGGGGAAGGAUCGCGGCGCUGGGAGCGGCCUUCUGUUAACCCUCGCGCACUCGACUGGCGCCAGGCACAAGGGGGCUGGGGCGAAGACGGCGCACGAUCGCCGGACAGGCAGCUGAUGCACAAGGGAGGAUGGGAGGGCGAGCCACGCGCAGCCAGCCACCACUGGCGGCGGGAAGAAGGACGCGAGGAGGGGCCCAGCUCAUCAGAGAGGCGCGGCCAGCGGCAAGAGGGGCGCGGCGGGGAGGCACGGACGUCUGGCCCGCAAGCGCAAUGGGAGAGGAGGGUGAGCGGCGGAUUCCGCUCGCCUCUCAUCCGGCAGCAGCGGGGAAGAGAAGGCGGCGGAGACAGGCGCUCGCCCGGAGAUCGUCGGCAGCAAGGAAGGGGAGAAGCAUGGGAACCGUCGCCAGAGAGGCAGCGGCAGCGAGAGACGAGCACGGCGAGGUGGAGAGAGACACGAGUCUCGCCGGCACGAACGCGAGGGCGGGCGGGGGAGGAGAGGGGCCCGAGAGAAAGGCACGGUGACUCGGGCUGGAACCGGCGGGAGAGCAGAGCUGGAGGGGGGAGCUUAGCAUAUGGCGCUGAGCGGGCCCGAGAGGCCAGGGAAGGCAUGGAGAGGGCCAAGGAGAGAAGGACUGGGGAAGAGCGGCUGGGAGGGGCCAGGGAAUCGUGGGGAGAAGGGCGGGGAAGCAAGGCAUGGACCCAGUAG